GGAUCCUUGCUCUGAUGAUUCGGAUUUGAUAGACCACUACAACUUUUGCCGGAAUGCCUGGAAUGAACGUGGUCGCAUCGUGUCACGAGACCUGGGAGAUGGAAUGUGAGCGUUACUUCUACGAUGAGCUCGAAACAGAGGAAGAUUUCUUCAAGUCAACAGCUCCAAGUGAGAAUAUCUGGAAAAAAUUCGAACUUUUGCCCACCCCACCCAUGUCUCCCUCAAGGACGCCUAACGGUGAUACCUUAUUCCCCUUGUCGGGCGACCAACUGGGAGUACCACCGAAAGUCGCAGCACAGGACGAGGAUUACGAAGGAUGGCAUAAAAUCGACCCACUCGACGUUUUUGGGAAUCUUAGCUCCAUCGUUAUCAAAGACUGCAUGUGGAGUGGCUUGUCGGCGUGUCAGCGGCUGGAGAUUAACGAGCGAUCACUGGUAUCAUCUCACAGCAGACUUUCUACUCAUUUGGAGUCCAGUGUGAACUCAAAGUCGCUGCGUGCAUCACCAGACACGCCCGUAACCAGAACGCCAGCGACAGAAUACGUCGACCCGACAGCCGUCCUCAACCUUCCUAUAACUCAUCCAAAGAGACCGGCCAAGGUGUCCUCAGGGUUGGACUCUCUCUCUGACUCAUCCGAUGAUGAUGACACUAACACUGACGAGGAUGAGAUUGACGUUGUCUCCGUGGACAACCUGCCCAAAAGAGGGUGCCCUACCCGACAGCGCACGCCAGUGACAAUCGUGGUUAGCGCUGACCCGCAUGGACCGUGUCCCAAACGCUUCCACAUCUCUCUGCACCGUCAGCAGCACAACUACGCCGCCCCCUCUCCUGACAGCGAGCCCGAAGAAGAAUCUGAAGAAGAAGAAGAACCCGAAAGUAGGCCUGCGAGCAAAAGAGCCAGACUGGAGGAGUCUUCAUCCACCACCGCGUUCUCCUCUCCCUCAUACCCUUCCCCUCCGUCCUUCUCCUCCUCUGAUUCAGAGGACCCCACGGAACGCAGACGCAACCACAACUUCCUGGAGAGGAAGAGACGGAACGAUCUGCGUUCCCGUUUCCUGGCGCUGCGCGAUGAGAUCCCAGGCCUCUCCGACUCGGCCAAGACGCCCAAAGUCACCAUCCUGACCAGGGCUACGGAGUACCUCGUCCAGCUGCACGCACACCAGCGCCACCAGUUACAGGAGAGAAAAAAACUCCGCGCAAAGCAACAGCAGCUCCUCAAGAAGCUGAACAACCUCAAGAGCUCCUGA